UCAGGAAGAGCUAGAGCCUAAAAGUCCAACAACACUAAAGAAGUUUAUCCCAACUGGGAUUUCUGAUGAACCCGAAUUCCCAUCGGAUUGGAACUUUCAGUUUCCUAAUCUUUUUUCUCUCCCUUGUUGGGGUUCAAUGAAUGCAGCUCUGGAGGGCUGUGAGAGUGUUUGCAAUUUAGUUUUUUCGUUUCUGAGCGUGCUGUGGAUUCAGACUUCAUCUGGGCUUGAUUUUCUUCACAAAGAUGUUGCUGCAUUAUCAAGACCCUGCAAAAUUAAAGACGAGGAAGAUUGUGUUUGAAGACACAUAUGCUGCUUCUGAUUCUUUUACACUUGAGCAACUGAAAGAGUUAAGCUCAAAACGUAGAUUAAUUGAGGAUUCCAUUAAUGAAAGCAGCUCUAUUACUGACGCUAUUGCAAGAGAAAUGGCUGGAGGCUUAACUUCUCACACCGAACAGGUUCUUUACAAGCUAGAACAGUAUCUUCCAUUGCUGGAAAAUUUUAUUUUUCAUGUUGAUAAAGUUAGCGGUAACUUCCAGAUAGCUCAGUGGGCUUCGGACCUUAAGAUACGAUGGACUAGCGCUCUUAUCUCUUCUUCUGGCUUGAAACUUAGAGGUCCAAAAUUUUUUCAAAUGGAUAACUUGCGGUUUGAGCUCAGUAUGACCACUUUCCUAUAUGGUGCAAUACUUCGGCAGAGGGCUUUAGAACUCUUGCCAGUAGAUCUGGUAGAAUCUACAACCCUUUUCAGACAAGCUGCUGGAGUUUAUCAUUAUCUGGCUCACGAAGUUCUUCCUUCUUUGCAACCUUCAUUAGCUGUUGAAAAGCCACCGGAAGUUGUCUCAUCUUUGUCCUUUGUCUUGAGACUCAUCUGUUUAGCUGAUGCUCAGGCAGUAACUAUAAGAAAGGCUGAAGAGAAAGGUACAACUUCUGGUCUCUUGGCCAAGCUGCACCAUGGUGUUGCGGAGUUACUUGAUGAAGCUGCAGCUGUUUUAGACACAACAAAAAUAGAAUGCAAAAAUAUUUGUUCGCAGAUUGUGGAAUUUGUGUCUUGCUGCAGAGCGCUGCAUGAGUUAAGAAGUCGGAAAUUCGUGGCAGAAAAUCUAAAGACUGCAAGCCAAAUGGGGUUUUCCAUUGGAGUUCUUCGACAAGCAUUGAUCGAUGUGAGAAGAAAGUUGCCAAGCAAAGAAUCAUGGAAGUCGAUAUUUAAAAAGGAAAUGGAUGAAGUUGCUGAAUUUCUCAGGAAGCUUGAACAUGAGAAUACAUUCAUUUGGAAUGAGAGAGUCCCUUCUAGUGAUGAGUUGCCCAUACCUGAAGGUAACAAGAUUGUGAAUAUUAUACCAUACCAUCCCAAAAGAUGGGAGAGAGAAAUCUUUUUCAAGCUAUAAAUGUACAGAAAGGUCCCACAGUAUACCAACAUUUCUUUUGGGGAAGCAAAAGCUGCCUAGUUUCUUGGCUUCCUCAUCCCAAAGGGCAGAAAUUCUGUCUCUUUUUUUGUUUUUCAUCUCUGGAGUUUUGAGUCUGGUCAAAAGCCUAAGUCCUUGUUUGCAAUGAAACUCACGAACUGUUAUUUUUCUGAAAACAGAAAAAAGAUAGAAAACAGUCUUUGAGUUUCAUGGCCAAACAAAGACUUAAGUGUUUGCUGGGUUAUGGAGUUCAAGAGUUGUCUGUAUCUAUAAUUUUUUAUCAAUUGACUAAUUGAGCAUAUGAGUGAGUGAUGGUUCAACUGCUUUUUGGCAUUGCAGUCUCUGUCUCUCUCUUUCGUCCGAAACUCUAUACUAAGCCUAUUCAAAUUUAGUUCAUCUAUACUAAGCCUAUUCAAAUUUAGUUCAUU